CGAAAAUAACCUGCCUGGGAGAGGCAGAAAGAGCGGGGAUCUACGCUGAAACAUCACAGCGACAGUCAGAAGCGUGUCCUCGAGGUAAACGUGGACUGAAACGUGAACCCGUGCUCCGCGUUAUGACCCCGCUGCUGACAGGAAAUCAGAUGUCUGAUACACGCCUCAUCGGACCUGCAUGCGAGAGCACGGAUUUCUUCCUUUCACAACUGAGGCGUACUUCUUUUUCAAGAGGAGGCAUUGCAGUUCCUCAGUGUCGGGUGCACGAUGAGGAUGAUGAGGAUUGUGAUGAAGGGCCUUUUUGGAAAAGACUAGAUCGUUUUGCUCGCUGUGUGACUCUGAUGUUUGUGCAUAGCCACGUUCACAUCACUGCUCGGUGAUAGAAGUGUGCGUGUGCAGAGUUCAGGGGAAUAGCAGCAGUGUUAAGAUCCAGUGCAGGUUAUUUGCAUUGGGGAUUGUGACUUUGGAGCCGCUGAGGAUUUGUGCCGCGUUCACACUGCGCGAGAGGAGGAACUGCGCAGCUGCGUUUUUUUUUCUUUUCUUUUUUUUUUCUUUCUUUCUUUUUCAGGAUUAUUUUACAAUGAGAAGCAAGCCGCAUCCCUGCUCCAAGCUUCAUUACGCAUUACCAGUCGAUGGUGGGUCAGCGUGGCUAAAAUGUGGUUGGCCGACGUGAGAAUCGCUCUGGAUGAAAACCUCCAUCAGACACCGUGCAAAUCAACCGGUCAGUCAGUAAACAUGAUCAGAAGCUGCACUCGAAGGAAAAGGCGGGAUUGGAAAGUGCUCAAGAUGGCGUUACACAGGGCCAGGAAGGAACCACUCCCAUACAGGAAGAAGAGAACAGACCAUUGAUCGAGGCGAGCUUUGUGUGCCGAAGGACUGCCGAGUUUCACGCCUUACGGUCGUAAAGGAGACGUUUUACGGUAAAGUUCUCCAAACAACUUGAGUGUUAGUGUGUGGCCCUCUCUCUGCUGCUGUGGAGGGCUUCACACACAAAGCUAGUGUGGCUGGAUGCAUCACACAGUGGAAAAAUUUGGCGCACGCAGCUCACGGGACCCUUUCCCUCUGGAUGGACUCAACCGGGGACCAUGGGCUCCCAUGGGUGGUCGUGCCUGGCCUCCUCCCUCCAGGUGCUCGCCUGGUGGUCAACCUCAGUUCCUCCCUCAUCCCCCACCCAAUCACAUGACAGGACUAAAUCAUCCAAGUAAAUUUUACAACAGUGGGCCACUGGCACGUGGAGGGGAAAAGCUGGACCUAUCACAGGCUUUGCCAGGGUUACACAGGGAUCUGCGGGUGCCCCCAGCCCCUCCCCGCCCAUGGGAUCCACUUGGUCAGCAUUAUGAGCCAUUGCCCAGUGAGGAUCAUUCCCGUUUGCACAACGGAUACAAUGCUGGACCGCCUGCACACCUCACAGCUCGAGCCAACCAGCUGUUAAAGUAUGGUCCCCCUCCUUUGCAACAUGGUUCCAGGCCUAUGCCUCCAAUCCCAGACUUGUGGGAACAUUGUCAACAGCAGCAGCAACAACCACCCAGGGGCCCUUACUCUCAUGCUGGACACUUAAAGCGGCCCGCACCCCCUCUGGCAGAGCACUCGGUCAUCCAGCACACCCCUCUUUCCAUAAACAGGCCUAAUGAGGACUGUCCCAGCCCAAGCAAGAGGAAGAGGAGUUCGGACUCAGAACAGCGCAUGAUAGGCACCCACCAAUACUCAGGGUCAGUGGGAACUUCACUGCCCUUGCUGCAGCAACCUCAGUCCCAUUACCCCCCUCUGCAAAAUGGGGCAUCAACUUGGACCCCAGUAGAAUGCAAAAUUGACCACAAUGAGUUUCAGGACUUUCGCAAACAAGACACGGGUGACUGCAGUUACAAACUGUUCCCAUCCUCCAAACCUUCACCCAUCUCUCCACCUCCCACCACUUCUGCCAGGGGUUAUGAACAAGGCCGUGGUGCUCCGCCUCAAACCAUUAAGCCUUCUCAAUCACCGCAGUCUCUGGGGUCCUCCUCUCACAAUGUCCACCUCCACCAACCAACAUACCCCUUUCCUAACAACAAGCCUUCUGCUCAGACUCCAGGGGAGCACCAGGUCAUUCCCACCUACAAAGUGCAUCCUUCUAGGGUGAGGUCUACAGGCAGCCAGGCACCCCUGCCACAACCUUCAUCGUCCUUGGCUGAUAGAGAAGGCCCUGUCCCCACACCAGCACACCACACCGCCGUGCCUUACAGCCACCCCAAAUUCCAGCCCCAUCCAGGGCUGGUUCCCACCACCAGCCCCUCUUCCAACAGCAGGACACAGGCCUCAGCACCUCAAUGCAACCCUCAUAAGCCCUGGAGGAGCCAGAUCAGACAUGAUAACCAGGCCUCAGAGCUGGGUCAUUAUCAAAGAUCAGUGGACUCUCAGGUUUCCUCUUCACCUCUGCAUCUGCAGAGUAGAACUGGGCAGAAUCAGGAUGAAGGCACCUCUCAGGCUCGGGAACCAGUCAUCACCUCCACAGUGUCCUCUACUAACGGCUCUGUGGUGAGCACCAUUAAAAGCUGGAAGACUGCACACCCUUCAGCGCUAGUCUCAAACCCCAAUACGACUCCAUCUGCACAAGGUCUCCCACGCCAGGAAUAUCGGAGAGCUCAGUCUGGUGCUGUAAGCCAUCCAAACCACCAACAGAAGGCAAAAAGUCAGCAUCAGGAACCCCAUCUACCCUAUCAAGGGCAAGACAGACCCCAUUACACCCCAAAAGUGUCCUCAGCUCCUUCCUCUCUCAGCUCAGGGUUUCAGAGAUCAGGAAAUAGUGUUAUCACCAGCAAGGCCAUUGACAACCUCUUGCAGGCUACAAGUUCACCCCUUCAUCACACACAGCCUGCAGUGUCUGUCACUGUGAACACAGCCCAUCAACAACAUUCUGACUCUUUGCAUCAUGAACUGCCUCACCAGGCAGCCCCAGUCUUAUCUCAGGUGCCACCUGCCCAGACAUAUCAAAGGCCAUGUAAUCAACCUACCAUCUCUAGCCCCCAGUCCAUUGAGGAAGCACUCGAAAAGCUUGAUGCUGAGCUUCAUGACCAUAUGCGAGCUGAAGAGAGAAGGAAGGAACUGGAAAAAGAGGAGAGAAAACACAACAGGGAGCAUAAAGUAGGAACCGAAAAGGUAAAUGAGUCUGCAGCUGAGAAUCUGGAGAGCUUGCUGUCAAAUAGUGCUACUGAUCCACCCCCUCCAUGCCUGUCUCCAGCCAUUACAUCUUCCACGGUUUCACCACCAACCCAGACAUCCCCACCUUGGCUGAGCAGGAGAGGUGUGCCUACACUUCAGUUGGCACCUGGUGCAAAUCCUGUAGAAAGGUCUCGACCACCUCCUCUCACCCCUCAAACAGACUAUGCCCGUGAAAAGCAGAGGCAGAGAGAGCAAUGGAAUGCUUCGAUCACUCCUACUUCACAGAACACCUCAGGGAUUCCUACAUCUAUAUAUUCCUCCAAACUUGUCCCAACAGAUUCUGCCUGUUCAUCCAAAGUCUCUACCAUGCAGAAGAGCUCUCAUAACAUCAAGGCUAUGGGCUCUGUCUCAAACCCUCCAAACCUGCGAGAACCCCCCAAACUCUACCAGGCAUUUCCCAAGGACACUCUGCCAUCUUCCUUACCAAAAGACACAAGUCCAGCCAAUCUCCCCAAGCAGGCAAGUUGUGGGCUAGGCAGUUUAGGCAGCAGUUCUAGUAGCUCCACUGGGGAUUCAGAUAGUGCCCAGUUUGAGGAGGAACCAUCUGAGCUUUUGCCUGAUGGUUUGGCAAACAUUAUGAAGAUGUUGGAUGAGUCCAUUAAGAAGGAGGAGGAUCUAUACUCUGGCCAGAGUGGUGGGCAGCCUGACCCAGAGCUACCAUUUUCUCUUACAGUGGCACCGAUAAAGAGUUAUUCGUUUGCACCUGACCUCAUGCCUGCUCUGAAACGGCCAUCUACAGAGGAUUAUUCAACUGACACGCACGCUAGCCCACCUGUCCUGAGUCGUCAGGGAUCUUUGGCAUCUCCUUGCAGCCGUACGUCUUCGCUUGAGGAAGAGGAGGAUACACUAAAAAUCAUCCAAAAAUCUGACAGUAUUGUCAGUACUCAAUCUCAAGAUAGUGGUGUUGGCAUCACAGGAAGUAGUUAUCGCCAUAGUGACUUGGCCAAGCUAUAUGGACUAUCUGAGGGAGUGAAGAGUGAGUGUGAGGAGGAUGAGGAAGAGGCAGAACAAGAAGACGAUACACCUUCCUAUUCUCCACCACCUAUGAGGCCACACCUGCAUCAGACAGGUGUGAACAGCAUGUUUAAAAACUUAGCCUCUAUGCUGGAGAGCCAGAAGUAUGCCUACCGUGGAGGGCCAUUUGGUCGACCACCUCCUUCAGCUCUGGUAGGAGUGAAAUACUCAUCAUCACUUUCAUUGGGCCCAGAUAUCUGCAGACAACAAAGCACUUCUCCCACAUCAGGUUCAACCAAUCACCCAGGCUUUAGCCAUCAAGCUCAAUCCUCAAUUAAUUCUACCUCCGAACAAACCCAUCCUCUCUCACCAUCAGGAUCAACACCAGAAAGAAAAGGAGAUGUUUCAGUCUGCCAGUCGAAUCUCUCUGGAUGUGAGGAGGAAGAAGGAAUGAGAAAGGGGCUGAUGGAUGAAGAAGUUCCUAGUAUUGUAAAGGACUCCACAGAGGUUGAGAGGAAGCCCAAGCUCAUAACAAUCUCAGAAUCAUCGCUUGCAGAGCUGGGUCGUAGUUGUGAGGUGAUGCUAAACCGACACAAUCUCCCUUCAGUGGCAUCAUCAGACCGCAGUAAGAAUCAGAUGCUGCACAUACCUGAGAAAGACAGGAAGAGGGAGUGGGACUAUAACCAGAAGAAGCAUAAACGCAGCAGCAGUAGCAAAAAACAUGAGGAAAGGAAAGAGAAAAAGAAAAAACACAGAGAAAAACAAGAAAAUAUGUCCCUCUCUUCAUCAUCAAGUUCAAGUCGAAGGCACAAGGAAGGCAAACCCCACAAAGAGAAAAGGGCCCACUUAGACGGUCAGAAAAAGGAGCUCUGGGAGAAAGAAAGAGAAGGAGAGAAAAAGAAAAAGAAAGAGGAAGGAGGUGACAAGGAAGAAUGGGUAUGCCGGAACAAGGAGAAGAGUAUUAAAUCAGGGAGUUCUUCAUUGGAUCAUACAUUGUCUGCACCUGCAUUGGGUUCUGCAGACUUCCAGAAGUUAAAGGCUCUGACAGAUGGUCCACCCAAAGAGCUGAAAAUUCGUCUGAUUAAAGUGGAAAGUGGAGACAGAGAAACCUUCAUUGCCUCUGAAGUUGAGGAGAAGAGAAUUCCAUUAGGUGAAAUCACCAUCAAAAACACAGCCAGUGAAAUCAUCAGAUCAUGCAAGGGUGCCCGUGCUAAGGGGAAAUUCAGAGAGUCCUAUCUACUUCCAUCUUUCUCUGUGAAACCUGUUAUGACUAUGGAGCACCCUAUCCCACGGGAAAAGCUCAACCCUCCCACACCAAGUAUCUAUCUGGAGAGCAAGAGGGAUGCUUUUUCUCCUGUGCUGCUUCAGUUCUGCACAGACCCCAAGAACCCCAUUACUGUCAUCAGAGGACUAGCAGGCUCUCUCAGAUUGAAUUUGGGUCUCUUCUCCACAAAGUCACUGGUGGAGGCUAAUGCAGAACAUGCAGUGGAGGUGAGGACUCAGGUGCAGCAGCCAGCUGAUGAGAACUGGGAUCCCAGUGGCACUGGGCAAAUCUGGCCAUGUGAGAGCAGCCGAUCACACACCACCAUAGCCAAAUAUGCCCAGUACCAGGCCUCCAGCUUCCAGGAAAGCCUACAGGAAGAGAAAGACAGUGAUGAGGAUUUUGAUGAUGAUGAUGAGAAGAAACCUGUCGUUAACUCAGACAGCACAGGCAAUAACCCCUCAACCUCCAGCUCAGAGCAGAAGCCUGUGGGGAAAAUCAUCAAAUUUGGUACUAACAUUGACCUCUCUGAUCACAAGAGGUGGAAACCCCAGCUACAGGAGCUACAGAAGUUGCCAGCAUUCAUGCGUGUGUCCUCCAGUGGCAAUAUGCUCAGUCAUGUAGGCCACACCAUCCUAGGCAUGAACACUGUACAGCUUUACAUGAAGGUCCCUGGCAGUCGCACACCAGGUCACCAGGAGAAUAAUAAUUUCUGCUCUGUAAACAUUAACAUUGGCCCCGGAGACUGUGAGUGGUUUGCUGUCCAUGAUGACUACUGGGAAUCCAUCAGUGAUAUCUGUGAGAAGCAUGGAGUAGAUUAUUUAACUGGCUCAUGGUGGCCAGUGUUGGAAGAUCUCUACAAUUCCAAUAUCCCAGUGUACCGCUUCAUCCAGAGGCCUGGAGACUUGGUGUGGAUCAAUGCAGGCACUGUGCAUUGGGUCCAGGCUGUGGGUUGGUGCAAUAACAUUGCAUGGAACGUGGGUCCUCUGAAUGCAUACCAGUACCAGUUGGCUCUGGAAAGAUUUGAAUGGAAUGAGGUGAAGAAGGUCAAGUCCAUUGUGCCCAUGAUUCAUGUUUCCUGGAAUAUCGCCCGCACGGUGAAAAUUACAGACUCCGGAAUUUACAAGAUGAUUAAACACUGCCUCCUGCAGUCCCUGAAGCACAUUCAAAUUCUGAGAGACCAACUGGUAGCUGCAGGGAAGAAGAUCUCUUACCAAAGCAGAGUAAAAGACGAACCAGCAUACUAUUGCAAUGAGUGUGAUGUGGAGGUUUUUAACCUGCUGUUUGUGACGAGUGAGAGUGGCAGUAAGAAGUUGUACGUGGUGCAUUGUGAGGACUGUGCUAGGCAGCGCAGCCCCAAUUUCUCCAACGUAGUAGUGCUGGAACAAUACCGUAUCGAGGACCUGAUGAACACCUAUGACACCUUCAGCUUGGCUUCCAGCUCUCGGUGAAAUCAACUCUGCCAUCCACCCCAGCCAUAACCAAAAGUCUUGCUUACUAGGACAAUUACUUUAUUUGUUUUAGUAAAAUCUUUAGUGGGUUUUUUUCCUGCAUUUAUCAUUUUUAAAAUACUACUACUGCUAAUACUUGUUGAACAGCCGAUCAUAGACCAGUUUACAUCGUUGUUUACAAAACCAAUAAGUCAACCUCUGACUGGUGUUAAGGGACUUUACAGCGGAAUGCAGUUUGUGCUGUCAAUUGUAAUUAAUGACAAAAAAGGCAUCUUGGAUUUUAUGUACUUUGCAUUUUUAUUACUUUUGGGUUCUCUUUCUGUCUUGAAUACUGAAAUGUGUAAAUGCUGUUUAUAUUUUUCAUGGGUGCUGGUUUGUUUUUUUCUAUUAAUUUAUUUUAAAAUCUAGAACAACCUAGAUGUAUACCACAUUGGCCUUGUGACUUGUAUUUAGUGAAGAUAUAAAUGAAUAAUACUAAUAAUAGAUAUAUGAACAUUUUUCUAAAGCAUUAAGAAUACAAAAAAAAAAUAACUUUGUUUGGAAUGGUUCAAAAUAUACGGGUUUAAAAAAAAAACUUUUUCAAUUUUACAUACUGUCUGAGAAGCUUGUGUAGUUAUCAUGAUUUUAUUUACUUAAAAUACAAUCCAUUGUUACGAGAGCAUUUUAAGAUUACAUCAGGUCAUUUUCCAUUAUUUUAUUUUUUUUUUUUUUGCGAGAUUACAAUUCGUCGUCGAUUUUAGUGAAUUUUUUUUACCUCUUUUUUUUUUUUUUUUUUGCUUAAUAGAUUUAUUCACACUUUUUUUUUUUUUCUUUUUUACAAUUGUACAUUUUAUUUAACUUCUUUUCUAUUUAUUGAUUAUAUUCUCCUUGUUUAGGGUCAUCAGAGACGUCUGUUUUCCAUUAUUUGUAGUGUAUAAGUUUUGGAAGGAGAGUUUCAGAGGUGCUUAGUCAAUAAAAGGAGUAAUGUUUUCUGGCCUUUAAACUGUCCUCAUGGGCUGAUGCAUAACCCCAUGAGGAGAGUCUGAGGGACUCCUCUGUCCUGUAGAGUAUAGAAGGCAGAGCAGUUGUAGUUUGUUAAACUAAAAGCUGUCUUGUGUAUAGGGAUGCAAAAGGCCCCUUUUUUAAACCAACAUUAGCAGCAAAAUCGGAAAUGCGAAUAAAUUCGGAGCUGUUUCUAAGUAUCUACGUAUUUCAUGGUGCUUGAGUUUGUUUGAAAUGUUUUAUAUGAGAGAACAGUCGCUAUGCCAACCAUGAGGCAGAAUCUCUGGUUAUACUAAAUCUGACUGCAGUUGGUUAUCAUAAACCAAAUAUUGAGGGUUUUUAAGCAUUUUUGUUUGUUUGAAAAAUCACAUGAAACUGUAAAUACUGUGGCAUUUUACUGGAAUGAGGUUAAGUGUGAAUCGAAUUGUUCAUUCGAAACUGUAAGUUCUCUUUAAUUUUGUCUUAAGCUUGAAUCAGUUAUUUCAUGUAUAAUGAAACUGUUGGUUACGAUUACGAUACAGAAGGUGCUGUUCUCUUUGAACUACUGUCUUUCAGUUUUGUUUCUAAAGAAAAAAAUCUAUUUUCCCUGUUGCAAUAUAUCUUCUGUUUUGUGGUCAUUUAUUUAAAAUUCUGCACUGUUUUUAGAGCGUUCACACAGAAAGCAAACUGAGCCAGACACAUCUUAAAACACUUCAUGAAUUUGUGUGACAUUACUAUGAUUAUUAAUAUUAAAAGCUUUUGAUAAAC